UACGACGAACACGUUGCUCAAGCGGGAACAGUGGGGCCUGCCGAGCAAUACCUCGUGGCCGCUGACGACUACUGCCUUUCUCUUCGGCUGCAUUGGUGCUAGGAUAUUUCCAGGAGACAGACAGCUAAGCACACAAACCCGUCGCUGAGAUGAGCUUAUUUAGGCCGAUCGCCACUUUCCCCUGCCCGCUCAAACUCCGAUCCAAAAAUGUCGUCGUUGGAGUCUGAUGCCCCUAAGUCGAUAACUAGAACUUCCAUAUUGGAGGCAUAACAGCUGCAAAUCAUGAAGGAACAGUGGGAUCCUGUCUCCUGGACGAGAUGCUUGCUGGUCCUGCUUGUCCUUGUGCAAGCAACGCGGGCUAUUGAUAUCGAAGUCAGCAGCGAGCAAUCUAUCAAAGACGCUGCCAGUACCGCCGCGUACGGCAUGAUGUCGUACUACCAUGGCAACGAGUCCGGGCAGAUUCCCGGAAAACUGAGUGACACCUGGUGGGAGGGCGGCGCUAUGUUCAUGGCCUUGAUCCAGUACUAUCACUACACCAAAGACUCGACAUACAACCAAGAGGUCAUCCAAGGCAUGCAAUGGCAGGCUGGAGAUUGCGACUACAUGCCAUCCAACUAUACGAGUUGGCUAGGAAACGACGACCAGAUGUUCUGGGGCCUGGCGGCGAUGACAGCGGCGGAGCUAAAUUUCCCCAACUCGGACGACGGGUAUUCGUGGCUGGCGCUUGCGCAGGGGGUGUUCAACACGCAGGUGCCACGGUGGGACACGAGCUCAUGCGACGGGGGCAUGCGGUGGCAGAUGUGGUCGUAUGAGUCCGGGUACACGAUGAAGAACUCGAUCUCAAAUGCGGGGCUAUUCCAGCUGUCGGCGCGGCUGGCGCGCUACACCAGCAACCAGACGUACUACCAAUGGGCGGAGAAGAUCUGGGACUGGUCGGCGUCGUCGCCGUUGUUGAGCAACUCGACGUGGAACGUGGCCGACUCAACCGACACGUCCAAUGACUGCAGUACGCAGGGCAACAACCAGUGGACGUACAACUACGGGGCGUACCUGGCCGGCGCGGCCUACAUGUACAACUACACCAACGGCACCAGCAGCAAGUGGAGCACCGCCGUCCAGGGCCUCCUCAACGUCACCUUCGACACCUUCUUCCCGGCCAAACACGGCGGCAACGUCAUGUCUGAGGUCACCUGCGAGCCGACUGAAGUCUGCAACCGCGACGAGAUCAUCUUCAAGGGCUUGCUGUCUAGCUGGCUGUCCUUCACCGCCAUGCUCGUCCCCUCGACCUACUCCCGCAUCCUGCCCAAGCUGCAGGGCUCCGCCCAGGGCGCCGCCGCCUCUUGCACCGGCUACUCCAACAGUUCGUGCGGCGUACGCUGGAAUUCUAGCUGGGACGGCUGGUCCGGCCUCGAGGAGCAGAUGAGCGUCGUCAGUGUCUUUGUCGCUACCCUGCUGCCGUAUGUCAGUUCCUCCGAGACACCGCUCACCUCCAGCACCGGCGGAAACAGCACCAGUAACCCGUCCGCGGGCACCUCGGACGACACCAACGACGAGGAGACGUUGAGCGCAAUCACGACCGGCGACCGCGUCGGUGCUGCAUUUGUAACCAUCAUUCUGACCUGCAUGGCGGUCGGGAGCUUGGUGUGGAUGAUUGCGUUUGAAUGAUACUCAGCAUCGACUUUCCAAAACAACUGUUUCUUCUCAUUCCAG